AUCUGGAUGAUUUGAGAAUGGAGGGCGUAACCACCCUGGUACUUUCGGGGAGCAAAUUUAACCAAGGUCGUCCUACUCACCCUGCCGAGCCACAGGCCAAAGUCACACUGAACAUCUGCUCAAGGUGUGCCAGGCUUCAAGGAGACAAUCUGAUGGAAAGGACAGAAGACACACUACAGCCGUUUCAUUCUCCAGAGGAGAUAAUCCCAGAUUCAUUGGAUUCUUUACCUGGAACUGAAGAAACUCUCAUGGAGGAAGGUGAAGAUUUUGAGAAAACAUCAAAAUCAACAGAACUUAUCCAGGAUGCCAGUAAAGCUGCUAGAGCCGGGGUCCUACAGCAGGGAGAAGACUCCAGUGGAGGACACUCUUUGAAAUCCUACAUGGAGGAAGAUGAAUCUCUAAAGCAACUUCAGGUUGUGCAUCAACCAUGGCUCUUGCCGAGUGACACAGAAAGUGAAGGAGUUGAAGCAGAGCAGGAUAAACGUUCUGCUGAUCUUCUUUGUGUCCCGUGCUCUUCUUGUCCUACCCUGAUCUACUCCGGUAUGUUUGCUCAGGGCACUUAAUAUCAGUGGCAGGUCUAUCUGUGAAACAGACAAAAGACGUUUCAAGUGGUCCUUAAGGAGACUGUAGCUGACUGAAUCCUUACAAAUAGUCCCAAUUUGAAGUACUAUGUGAAAUCUCUAAAGAAAUAUUAUUUUUCUAAUAUAAACAAUAAACAAGCACUCAUGUAA